AUGUGGCUAUGCGCCCGCAUCAGGGGCAAAAACACACUCGCAGCUCUAAAAGAGUUGAGGGUACAUGGAAGAAGGUAUAAAAUCGAAAAGGUGCAAAGGCUUGGCGAAACCUUUGAAAGAGCAUGCUGGAGAGGAGUAAGAACCGCAGAAGAACGCACGUACCUCAAAAAAUAUCACUUUAUCAAGCACUGCAUCAAUGUUAUCGACAAUAUCAGGAACAAAAAGGCCCAAACACAUGCCACUCCUGAAGAUGUAGGCGACGCUCAAAAGUUUCUGGAACAAAUGACCGAGAAAUACGACGGAAACAACACAGAAGAGUGUAUGAAGGACAUACAAGACUACAUUAGUGCCAUAAAUGACCGCCAAAAGGCUGACAAAAAUGGCCAACAAACUACAAGAAAGACAGCAACUAAUCGCAAAACAUGGAGACAAUCCAGACGUAAUCGGAUAUAA